GUUGGCCACGCACGCCGGAAGUGGCCGGUCGGCCGGUCUUAGGCGGCGCCCGCAGUGUGGAGCAUCACUUGGGCUGACGGCGACAUGGAACCAGGGACGACCGAGCUGUAUGACCAGGCCCUCCUGGGCAUCCUGCAGCACGUGGGCAACGUCCAAGACUUUUUGCGCGUGCUCUUCGGCUUCCUCUAUCGCAAGACAGACUUCUAUCGCCUGCUGCGCCACCCGUCGGAUCGCAUGGGUUUCCCGCCCGGGGCCGCGCAGGCCCUGGUGCUUCAGGUAUUCAAAACCUUUGACCACAUGGCCCGUCAGGAUGAUGAGAAGAGGAGGCAGGAACUUGAAGAGAAGUUUAGAAGAAAGGAAGAAGAAGAAGCCAAGGCUGCGGCAGGCACCGCAGCCGAGAAGGAGUCAGUCCCAGUGCCUGUGCAGGAAGUAGAGAUCGACUCCACCACAGAAUUGGGUGAGCCUCAGGAAGCAGAGAAAGCGCAGUCUCCAGACACGCAGGAUGCUGUGCAGGAGGUGGCCCGUUGCUCAGAGGAGGCAGACUCUCCAGGAGCAGUUGCAGGUGCUGCCGAAGUCUCCAGAGAACCACUAGCUCUUCCCAGGAUCCAGGAGCAGUUCCAGAAAAACCCCGACAGUUACAAUGGUGCUGUCCGUGAGAACUACACCUGGUCACAGGACUAUACCGACCUGGAGGUCAGAGUUCCAGUGCCCAAGCAUGUGUUGAAGGGGAAGCAGGUCUCAGUGGCCCUCAGCAGUGGCUCCAUCCGUGUGGCUAUGCUGGAGGAAAAUGGGGAGCACGUCCUCAUGGAAGGGAAGCUCACUCACAAGAUCAACACUGAGAGUUCUCUCUGGAGCCUGGAGCCGGGAAAGUGCGUUUUGGUGAACCUGAGCAAGGUGGGCGAGUAUUGGUGGAAUGCCAUCCUGGAGGGAGAGGAGCCCAUAGACAUCGACAAGAUCAACAAAGAGCGUUCCAUGGCCACUGUGGAUGAGGAGGAGCAGGCGGUUCUGGACAGGCUCACCUUCGACUACCACCAGAAGCUUCAGGGCAAGCCGCAGAGCCAUGAGCUGAAAGUCCAUGAGAUGCUGAAGAAGGGGUGGGAUGCUGAAGGCUCUCCCUUUCGAGGCCAGCGAUUCGACCCAGCCAUGUUCAACAUCUCCCCAGGGGCUGUGCAAUUUUAAUGACUGGAAGGAAAGGAAACCUUCGCCAGCAGGGACACAGAGGGCUUGUCCUCAGCUGCCCCCAGCUCCCUGCGUUCCAGGGACUCACUCGCCCUGUUCAUCCCUAGCCAUCCUUUCUUUCAAGGGUGAACCAGGCCUUUCACCCUGACCUUGUAUCUCCAGACUGCUCGAGAAGAGGUGCAGGGCCAGCUGUUGUGUGGUGGCCAUGGUGGCUGACACUGAGUGAAGGUGUUUGAAAUGCAGCAGGGGACAGCCCAGCAAACUGGGAUCACGUGCUUUUGUCUCCACAGCAACCAGCCACUGCAGGCAGCAUUUCUUUCCUUCCCUGCUCUCUGUGUGCUGUUGUUUUGACGCUGUUCUGCUUGCUUUUCUUCUGGUGGGGUAUGGAGGCUAUUGGGCUCUCGGGUGAAACUGAAGUUGUAGUAUAUGGAGCUCAGUGCUUGCAUGAGGGUGAGCAUGGAAUGGCUGUGCAGCUGUUCCUGGGUCUGCUUUGGGAAACUCCUUGCCCUUCGACCUCUCAUUGGGCACAUUCACAUGCAGUCUUGCCCAUCCCUUUGUAAAUGUCCUCUGCCUGCCUCAGCCUCAUAGACAGAGCAGUGGGAACUGGAGUCCUGUUUGCACGUUCUAGAUGUUGGGGGCAAGUAUGGGUUCUGGCCUCAGGCCAGAUGCAAUGGGGAUUCUGUCCUCUGAUUAUGGCUGCCUUGCUGUGGUUCUUGUUGAAGUGAACGAUUUCUGGCUACCGCUGCAUGGCAUGCUCUGCUUGGCUCCCCAUAAGACCUUCCCUUUGGUUGUACUGUGUCAAAGCGUGGGCAGGAGUGGAGACCUGGCAUCCUCAGGAGGAGACCACAGUAUGUCCAUCAGCUCAUCAGCAGAGCACGUCAGCCAUGGGUCCUGCAGCCUUGGCCUUAAAGGGCUUCUGGGAGGAGGAAUUUCUACAUGGGGAGUGAAGGCACACUGUCCCACCGUGACUGAGCCAGAGAGAGUAAAGACUUCCCUGUCCUCAUCCUCUGUGUCAGGUGCUGGACUGCGCUCCCCAGAGUUCAUGGCCCCAUCCCAUCUGUUCUCCAGGGACCAGCCGCCACCUCAGGAACCCUGAGUCUGUGGCCAGAGCUGUGGCUACUGACUGACUCCAGCCGAGGUGCGAAGACCCAAUCAUGGGACAGGAUCUCAGGGGCCUGUGCCCUGUGUACUCAAGGGGCCGUCUGUGUGCCGAUCGCCAAGGACGUGGUGCCACCACCACCCAGUAGUGUCCAUUUGCCUGGCCAUCAAGCUCAGUGCAUGAAUAAGCCAAACAGCAGGUCUCUGCAUCGUGGUGUCAUAUACGACCAGUGAGCAUCAAGGAGCACAGAUGCUGAGGGAAUCUACAGUCAGGGAACAGAGAGCCCUGGCCAUGCACACUCUCUGUGAACACCUGGGGUAGGGGUGGCUAGGAGAGAGUUGGUGGUUGGUGACUGACAGCCCUUGUGAGAAAGUAUCCCUGGGUUAUAUUCUGUGGAUCCAGACAUGUUGCUCUGAUUGUCAAGGGAGGGUAGAGGGCCCCUCAGAUCUCCUUUGGAAUGUGAGAGUCCUGUUGUCUGUUGAGUUGGUGAGGCCCUUCUGAGGAAGUCCUGGAGCCAUGACUCUGUUACCUAUGAGAGGUCCUGAGAAAGCCUUUGUCAUUUUUUCCUGGAGUUGCCAUCAAGGUUCCAGGAUUUGCACACUGCUGUCCCACGAGAGCUUUGCUGCCUCAUGAAAGGAGGUCUCAUGGUGUAUGUGUCACCUGUUCUCCCUGUAGUCCCCGAGUUGACCCCCUUUCAGCCCCCACCCUGUGAACAGUCCUCCAGGAGCAAUGAAGUGGGGAGGCUUUGAGAGUCAUUCACUUCCAUGGUGACUUGUCUUCUUUUUGCCUGAUUUUGUGUUGCAUUUCUCCUCCCUGUCUGGCUUUAAUAAACAAUAAACUGGUGUCUAGGAGGGCAGCUGAGGGGGCAGUGCUGGGUGUUGGCCCUGUGGCAGGAGUAGCUACCCUGUGUCUGGUGCUUGGUGUGUUUGCAGAGCUUGUCCCUGCACUCCCCGCUCCUGGUGAGCCCCGCUGUCUCUGCCCCGAUGCGCCAACCUGGACCGGCCCAGCCUCUAGAGCUGGCACACUCUAUCUGUUUUCUCUUUUUAGACACAACAGCUGCAGUUUGGCCACUAAGUCCCACCAGCUGAGGUCCGAGGAAAGCGGGGUGACUCAUUCCCCUGGUCUAGGGGCCCAGGAGAGUGGGGUGUCCAGCCUGCAAAGCUGCUCUGGCUCCUCGGUGUUGGUUUGCAAUAAAUCUGUAUUUAAUCGGUC